AUGUUGGAGCUUCUUCCGGGGGAGAUGCUUAUCAGCAUAAUAGAAAAGCUCUCCAAACGUGACCUAUUCCAACUCUCCCUGGUGUCGAAAUACCUUCACGAUUCAGUGCAGCCAGAGCUAUACAGGGACUUCACCCUCAUUACCCUGCACGAAAGGCACCAUGACCUCCAUGAAUCUCGCUUUCUGCAACCUGCCUUGACAGACGACACUCCCAGCCUGCAGUCAUGCGGUGUGUACAGCUGGAUCAGACAUCUGACAAUCGAGGCCCCCUUGCACAACCAUGCGAACAUCGCUACGCUAUGGGGAAUGGACAUCGACGAGAUGAGUCUGGAAAGGCGCCGCAUGACCGAGUAUACAGAAUUCAUGAACUUGUAUCGCAAUGUGCAGCGUGUGCUCACUCGUUUGCCGCAUAACACUCUGCAGGGCUUCAGUUGGCACCUUGGCUGCUGUCUUCCCAAAGGAAUCUUCAGCGCACACGGUUACCUCGCGCGCCGUCAGCGCCAACUCACCUCUCUAUCCAUUAGAGUGUACCCUGGCUACACGUACACAGACGGCCUGGAAGGAUUGAUGUACCUUCGAAAUCUACGCCAUCUCUCUUGGAAACAGGCCGAUUUUAUCGACAGCUAUAUACUCUACGAUAUCAUUGAAACUAACUGCCGCCACCUCGAAUCGCUGGAAGUUGGAUUUGAGGGUCGCUACACUCUGGCUCCUCGCACGUCGGAGUACUGUCUGCAGUCGACUGGUCUUUUCUCAACUGUGCCUGAGGACCUGUACGUCCAGUUUGAUGCACUACAUACUAUAAGUCUUGUAAACGUGUCGUUCAAGCUGGCGUACUCAGUCUUCUACCCGACAUUUGACUUCAGCCAGAUCCGCAAGUUGAAGCUACAGAACUGUCGCUGCGUGCUCAAUCUCCUCAGAGCUCUGCGGUACACUUCUAGAGGCAUCAACCUGAAAGCUUUCGAGUGCGACUACGAAGAAACCACUCCCCCGAACCAAGACAAGAGCAUGUCCGAUUCUAGAAUGGUUAGUCUGGGUGUUCCUAAGUUUCUCGAAGCCUUUCGUGGUCUUGAACAGCUGUAUGUUCGUGCAAUGGACUUUCUCGUGCAGUCUUCUGAGCGUACCCCGUGGGCUAUUCUCAAGCAUGCACCUACUCUGAAGCGCCUAGCAUACCACUAUCAUGACAAGCUGGCUAUGGGUCAGAAUCGCGAUUGUCCGUUCUUCUGGAGACACCGUCUCUACCAAGUCUUCGAUAAUCUCCGCCUCGAAGCUCUGGGCAUAAACAUCAUUCCUCGCGACCUGCGCACCCGCAUCGACAAAACCCAAACCUCCCAAACCCUCAGACUCCUCCACCUCCGCAUGACAGGCCCCUAUCACACCCCCCGCAACCUCCUCCACAAGCUCAAAAUCGCCGGUCUCCCCAAAAAAUGCGUUCCCCUGUCCCUCCGCCGCCCCAAACGCCGCAUGCCCUCGGAACACACCUUCAAAGUUCACCUCGCACUGCGGAUGUCACUGGACCAGGACCGACGGAUGAAAAAACUGGUCAACAUGAUGGAGUUGCUUAACUUUGUCGAAUGGGCGUUUAGUCCGGAUGGACUGCCGAAUUUGAUGGUUCUUGCGUAUGGCGAUUUCAGCUGUAAGCAGCGGUAUGGUUGGUCGCAGGUCGUUUUUGUCCGGUACCCCCGUCCGAACAUGCCUAUCCCCAGCGCAAAAGAAGACCGAAAUGGAAUUUUCGGUCCAUCCUUGCCAUUCCGCAUCAUGCAUCCCGAAGACGAAUAUCUGUGGGACGAAAUCGACGGCGCGAAGGAGUUGCUCGAGGCGUGCCCGCAGCUGUAUGCGGAGGAUAUUACGGCGAGACCGAAUGAAAAUGUGACGUAUCCGGAACCGCAGGAGAGUUAUUUCUCAGAUGAUGAGUUGCCUGGUGCGGAGAGUGAUGAUGUGGAUUAUUUCGAGGAGUUUGCGGAGGAUUUUUUGGAUUAG